AUGCCUGCUGUUCGCCAACAUGUCUGCCAUUCUGCAAGACUGAAAGUGGACACUCAAACUCACCUAAAGGCAAUGAACUUACCCCCACCCCCCAUCCAUCUGGAUCCUGUGGAAGAGGGAAAUCUUGAGGACAUGGAUCUCCACCGCACAGACGCUCGCACACUAUUCUAUGAGGGGAAAAAAUUGGCCCCUUCCAGCAAUGAGGAGCAUCCUUCUGGAAAGGACAAAGGGGAGAUCCAUCGUAUCUUGGCGAAACUGAUCUUCAAGACCGACUCAGACUAUUCAGCAGCAUAUGCUGAGGAUCCAAAGAAGUUUGACAUAGUGGUGGGCAAUCACAUCGUUUUUCUUAAAAAGUCUUUCAAAGAGCAACUCGACAAAUUCAACAAGACCAGUGCUGGUGUCACCCCGCUUGAUGAAAAUAUAGCCAUCAAUCUACAUAAACAAGUCUUACUUGAGUUCCUGUGGUACGACCAACUUCACCCCUUUCUGUUCUCUAACCCAACAGUCAGCGCCAAAAUAUUCACCUCCCAGCUGGGAGUCAACUAUGCUACUGAUUUCUACAACCUCAUUCAUCCAUAUGGGGGGGCUGGUCCCUCUAUGAACCAAGAACCUCAGCACCCUCCCACGCAUCCUCAGUUCUCUCCUAUGCAGUCUCAAUUCCCUCCAAACUCUCAGCUCCUGCCUCCAGACCCUCAACUCCCUCCCGCACAGCCUCAGUUCCCUCCUGCACAGCCUCAGCUCCCUCUCCCAAGCCCACAUAACAUUAGCAAUCACCCUCCUCAUUACACUGGUGCUGAAGGCAAUCUAAUUGACGAUCCGGAUGGUGACCUCUAUGGUGACCCUUAUGCUGAUGAGGACGAGCUCGGCCCUUUCUCUGCCCUCCUCAGCAAUGCACUUGAUACAUUGGAUGGGGACGUCAAUAUGCAUGACGAUGACAGGGAGUUCAACUCCCAUCAUGACUUCAUCAUCCUCAACACUUCUCCUUCUCCCCCUCCUGCCAAAUCAAAUUCUUUUAUUCUCUCAUGGAAGUCUCAGACACCUGCAUACCACAGUUGCAUGACAUUUGGUUCUGCUUCGCCUUGCAGCCAAGCACCAGGCAGACUAUCCUCAUUCAUUUCACCAGUGGCCAUGUUGCGCAGCCACUCCAGUCCCGCAUCCACAAUAUCCUUGUUGCCCUACAUGUCAUCUGACUAUUAUGUAUUACCAAUGGCAUCCCAAACAUCAUUGUCUACAAAGCCAUGGAGCUCCACAAGCUCAAAGAAGAAGAAGACCUCAAUGAUGGACGUGGAGGACCACCUUGGCAUGCUCAACAAUAAGAUCUCAAACAUCCAGAGUGACAUGUCCGAGCACUGA